GUGCUGAUUUAAGACAUGUUUAUGUGUCUUAGCCAUGUGUAUGCCAUAGCUGACUCCACCUUCCGGCUAUCUCAGUCCUCAACACAAGACCAAUGCAUCAUUGUGAGUGGACAGAGUGGUUCUGGAAAGACUGAAGCUAUGAAGCAUAUAGUCCAUUACCUCAGCUCAAUGUGUCAGGACAGAAAUGACAACCUAAGACAGCCGAUGGAAGCCUUUCCCAUCUUGGAAAGCUUUGGGAAUGCCAAGACCAUUCUUAACAACAACUCCAGCCGAUUUGGCAAGUAUCUUCACAUUCACAUACUCCAUGGAGUUGUUGUAGGAACCUCACUGUCUAACUAUCUCUUGGAGAAGUCGAGGGUUGUCUUUCAGGCCAAUAAGGAGAGGAACUAUCAUGUGUUCUAUGAACUGCUGGAAGGUAUGAACGACUGGGACAAAGAGAAGCUGUACCUGCAGGGGGCUGAGACUUAUUACUACCUAAAUCAAGGUGGUGCCUGUGCUUUGAAAGGGAAACAGGAAAAACAAGACUUUCAACUUUUGCUUAAAUGUUUGGAGACUAUUGGCCUACAUGCAAAUCAAAUCUCCAACAUCUGGGCCAUCCUCUCCUCUAUUCUGCAUCUUGGUAACAUCUGUUUCAGCUCAUAUGAGAGUGAGUCAUUUGAGGUGGCUCGUAUCUUCAGUGAGGCAGAGGCCAGAAGGGUUGGGUCCUUGUUACAGAUUUCAUGUGAAACCCUUCAAACAGUAAUCACUCACAAAGUCACAGAAACCAGCUAUGAUCGCAUCUACUGCCCCCUGUCUGUGGAAAGUGCCAUAGAAUCAAGAAAUGCAAUUGCCAAAGCUUUGUAUUCAGUUUUGUUUGACUGGUUGUUGGAGAAAAUUAAUGACUGGCUAAGCCCAACAGAGAUGGACAGCACUGUUGGUGUUGUAGACAUUUACGGCUUUGAGGAUCUUGAAGUGAACAGCUUUGAGCAACUGUGUAUCAACUUUGCCAAUGAGCAGUUGCAGAAUUUUCUCAACAAAACUCUACUUUCUCAGGAACAGGAGGAGUACAAUAAAGAGCAGAUUCCUUGGCAUCCAGUUCAACUUGAGAACUUUCACUCCUGUCUGGAAUUGAUCUCCUCCAGACCAAAUGGCAUCCUCCGCAUAUUGGAUGAUCAAACAUGCAUCUCACAGGCUACUGACCACACCUUCCUUCAGAAAUGCCAUUACCACCAUGCAACCAACCCCUUCUAUACCAAACCAAAGAACCCAAUACCAGUCUUCACUAUUCAUCACUAUGCAGGACCUGUCACAUAUCAGGUCCAUAAUUUCCUCAAUAAGAAUCAAGACCAGUUCAGGACAGAAAUUGUGGAGCUUUUUGCAAGAAGCCGGAUAAAGAUGAUUUCUGAAUUGUUCCAGAAGCUUCAAGAUAGGUACAUCCAACAAAGGGAACUGGGUUGGAAGAUGAAGCAUCUUCGUCAGCCACCCCCAACUGCUGCUUCACACUUCCUGCAGUCCCUCACUGAACUCACCACCCGUAUGGAAAGAUGCAACACUACCAUCAUCCGUUGUCUGAAGCCAAAUUUUGUGAAGCAUCCUGGGAUCUUUGAUAUAGACUAUAUGUCUCUUCAGCUGAGACACUCAGGUGUACUGAAGACAAUUCACAUCCGAAAAGAAGGUUUUCCUAUCAGGAUUCAGUACUCAUGCUUCAUUCAGAGGUAUGCAUUUCUACUGACCCAACAGUCCAGCCACUUGUCAGAGACAGAGCUGUCAGUAAAGCUGCUAAACAUGGUUGAUGCUGAAGAGGGACAGUACCAGCUAGGACGCACCAAGGUGUUUCUUAAAGAAUUUCUAUACCAGAAGUUGGAGGACAAAUGGAACAGCACUCAGACAUGGGCAGCUGUCACCAUCCAGAGGAACAUCAGGGGCUUCCUCUGUAGAAAAAAUUUCAAGUUUUUCAAACAAAAAGCAAUUGUUCUCCAGAGUCACAUCCGAGGACAUCAGGCUAGGAAGUACUACAAACGUUUGAGGCAGUCCUUCACCCAGUUUUGGGCUGUGAUGCUAAUUACUAGGAACACAAUUAAGAGGCACCAUUGGAGAAAGGAAUUACACAAGAAGAACAAAGUUAAAACAGCUAAAAAGACAAAGCUCAUCUCGUCACAGAUGGAUGUAGGGAUGUUAGAGAUACCUGCUGAGCUGUCCGCCAGACUCCGCAGUGCAACAGGGGGCCACCAUGGAUCACAGAUUACAGAAGUUGCACCUCCACAGGUGAAGGCAAAACAUAAGCUGAGCCUUCCUCAGGACAUUGACAGAUACCCAUUCUCUCGCUUUGCCAAGUCCAUAUUAAAGGACACAUGGAGCCAGCCUCAGGGAUACCCACUCCAGAGACCUCUCAUGCCUUUGGAACCUGAAUAUUCCAGAGUAGCCUUGGAGAUCAACAAACUGAUCUUGCGAUUUUUAGCUGAAUCAGAUAUUACCAUCUGGCAGGAGCAGAUAUUAGGUAACUAUAUAGUGGAGAGAGGCCAAAAACAGCCGGCCUUGAGGGAUGAGAUCCUUGUUCAGUUAGUGUACUACACAUUGGACAAAAAGGAGGAACAGGACAGUCUGAGGGGAUGGCUCCUGCUGGCCUGCUGCCUGAGUGCUUUCACACCCUCACCAACACUGGACAAAGCGUUGCUCAAGUAUGUAUCUGACCAUGGUCCAGCAGAGUAUCGUUCACUAUGCCAACACAAGCUGCUGACCUCUCUGCAGCUCCCAGGCCCCACUGCCCGCAUUUAUCCACCCACACAACUGGAGUGGACAUCCAAUCAGAGGAAAGGAACAAUGCUUCUGGAAGUAAACACUUUCAAUGAUGAGAUAUUGACAACUGAAGUGGAGUCAUGGACCACAGGAGAGCAGCUGGCCUCUUGGCUUCUUUAUUACAGAGGGGUGACCGAGGCUGUGCAAGGUUGGUCAGUUUCUCUUGCUACAGAUGAAGGGUGGUCAGACCUUGCGGGCUCAGACUUUGUCAUGGACCUGCUGGCUGGAGCUGAAGCUGAAGCUGAAGUUCCCAUAGCACCAGGGACACCCUCCUCCAUGCAGUCUGACUACUUAUUUAGCAACCAAGGAGAGAGAAUUCCUUUUGCUGAUUUUGAUGAUUUCAUCCCACCAGCACCUUCCACUCAAGCUCCCAGACUGCCACCCUUUGACGGAAACCUUUGGGGAAGAGACUAUCCAGAAGAUCGGCGGAGCAGACAGAUGGAGACCUAUGUUGAUGACUUAUUUGAUUCUGUGCUAGACCAAGGACCUGCGGAAAUGGAUAGAGUAGCCAUGUUAAACCGCAGGAUGAGAGGAAAAGGGGGGAUUGGACCUAUGCAGCCUGGGAUGUUUGGAGGAGGGAUGCCUAUGACAAUGCCAACCUAUCCCAUGGUUGCACCAGUAAACCCUGCAAUUCCCAGUUAUGGUCCAGCUGCCAUGAUGCCAAAUAUGCCAGCUUUAAUGGUGCCUCAGGCUCCCACUGUGAGUGACCCCAUGCAGAUGGCAGCAACUCAGCAAGCUCUCAUCAACCAACAGGCCUUACUCAUGGCCCAGCAGAUGACCUUGCAGGCAAUGACUUUGUCUCAGCAGCAGGCUGAAGAACGGCAGAAGGAACAGAAAGCUAAGAAGGAGAAACAAAGAGAUGAGAAAGACAGACAGUUUAGACGCGAGUCAUCACGCCGCUCCAGAGAACGCCAGCACUCAUCUACCUCUCGAAGUCCCUCACCCCAACGGUCAAAGCUCAAAGCAUCUGCACAUAAACAAGCCUCCAAGCAAUCUGAAUCUGAGCCAGAAGAAAAUGUGGAGCUGGCAGAGCCAGAUGACCUACAAUCUUUUAGAGAAAAGAGGGAUUUCUUCCAAAAUAUUGGUGGUAAAUCAAAACGGGACAAAAGAAACUCAAAGCGACAAUCAGCUCCUCCUGAUCCACCCAAACAAAAUCAGCAGACACGUCCUUCACCAAGCCCCUCACCCCCACCUCCACCUCCACCACCAAAGCAUAACGGAAGGCGUCCUCCCAGACCUCCAAAUGAGGAACCAGACCCCCCUAAAGAACCUACCCCCAGUCCGGUCACAAAGCUCCAGCCUGAACCAACCUCCAACAUCAGGGAAAUCAUUAAACAGUUCAACAGUCGACCACAACCAGAACCCAAGCCAUUUGAGCCUGUCAGAUCUCCUGGUAGAACAUUUAUUAAGAAGAGUGACCCAAAAGAGGAAGCUCUGGCUAAACUCAGAAACAAAGCACCAGUGCCACAACCAAAAAAACAAUGGGCUUCUCCUCCCCCACCUCCUCCUCCAAGGUCGCCUAAUUCUCCCCCAUCCACCAGUGGUCGGAGGGUCAUUUCUAACAACAUGAGGCAGAAGCAGCGUCCUUUGGAGGAGCUUUUUGGCUCCCAGCGCUCACAGCAUCACCCCCCUCUUCCUCCUGACUCCCCGCCUCCUCCUCCAGAACAAGCACCUGUCCUUGUGAACAUCCCAGACCCUCCACCCAUGACUGCUCCAUCUCUCUAUGAUGAGGGAAAUCAAUCCCAGCUUUACCGCUUUUCUGCUGGGGUUUACUUCUCCCACUUCAACAUGCCAGGAAAAUUUUUCCUGCGAAAAGAAGUGUUUUAUCCAAGAGAACUCUUCAACAAGCCCUAUGUCCUUAACCUGUUGUGUGAACAGAUCAUGAGAGACACCUACUCUGACAGCUGUGUGAGAAUUGAUAGUGAAGAAAGAAGGAAAAUGAAAGACCUUCUUGCAAAUUUCAAUGUGGGAACAAACAUAAGCACCAUUCAGGAUGACAACAUGAAGAAGAGAAUCGUUAUUGCUGCUCGAGAUAACUGGAAGAACUAUUUUAGUCGACUCUACCCUGUGACGCCACAAAAUGGAGACGCUCAGGUUUUGGGUGUUUCUCAUCGAGGGAUUCGUCUAUUGAAGGUGGUGAAAGCAUCAGGCAUCAAUCCUAAGCAUCUCAAACUGCUCAAAAGUUACAGUUUUGCAGAGGUGCUGUCUGUUAACCUUGAGGAAGCAGACAGAGUAAAACUGGAGCUUAAAACGGAAAACUUAGUGCUGCAGUCAACCAGGGCUCCUCAGAUCACUGCCAUGAUUGAAGUUUUCCUCAAGGAACUCAUCAAGGACUCGGGCCACAUGGUUGCUCUAAAGAGUUUUGUGACGGAUGACAAGACGCUUCUGAGCUUCAGUAAGGGGGAUAUCAUCAAAUUGCAGAAAAUGGAAGGCCUUCAGACUGGUUGGGAGUUUGGGAGCACCGGUGGGCGUUCUGGUCUUUUUCCAAAGGACAUCACCCAGCCAUGCGCAGCCCCAGAUUAUCACUGGCUCCAUCUAGAUCGAAGAGAUGACAGGAGAAAAAGCAUGAGAAAUUCUAGUCGGGAGGCCAUGAAUCCAUCUUCAGUACAGGGCUUACAACACACACUUUCCCAAAGCUCACAAAAAGGAUCCAACCAUGAACUAGAUAACCUCUCUGCUAUGGCUGACUUUGCUACCAAGUAUUUUAGAAUGGAGACAACAGGAGUGCCAGUCACUGGAAGAAAUUUUUCAGAAGCAGUUCAGCACACAGUGGUCCCCAUCCAGGAGUCACUCAUUCUGUUCAAUGACUCUGAAAUCAAUGAUUUGGCUGUUGAGUGCUUCAUAACCCUGGUGCAGUUUAUGGGGGAGAUCACAACACAGAAGAACACUACUCAAGCAGAUUGCCUCACUCAUAUCUUGCUGUUAGGGAAGGAAAAGGAAAUUCUUAGAGAUGAAAUCUACUGCCAGGUCAUCAAACAAACAACCAACAACCCCACCAGAUCAAGCUGUACCUUUGGUUGGCGGCUGCUUAGCCUCAUUACUGGCUUCUUCCCUUGCUCUGCGAUUCUCCAUCCCUUUGUCAUGCAGCACCUGCAAGAGAUCUGUCAGGACAACGAACACCCAUACCAAGAGCUGGCAUUUGUGUGUCUGGAUAACCUCCAGCAUUCGAUCAAUUUUGGUGGUCGACGAAGCAUUCCCUCACAUGUUGAGAUGGAGGCCGUUCUAACUGGCAAAACUUCUCAACGCAUUCCUAUCCAGUUGCCAGGAGGAGUAGAGUUUCCUGUCAAGAUUCGCAGCUUCAGUGUGACAUUAGAUGUUGUGACAGAGUUGUGCGAAAACAUGGAAAUCGUAGAGUUUACAGAGGUCAAGGAGUUUUCCCUCAUCGCCACAAGAUUUCAAGAUGGGAUGGUGCGCCCUCUACAUCCUGAAGACUACUUGUUUGAUUUCUUACUGGAUGAUGGCUCCAUCUCCUUGUCAUUCAGGAGAGUCCUUUGGGAAACCCCCCUUUCCUUCAGGAAUGAGCUCUUUGUGGACUUUCACUAUCAGCAGCUUCUAGAGGAAUAUCUUCAUGGCAAGAUUUCUCAUUAUGCUGGUGGAACCUCAUCAGUUCAACAGAUUGCUGAAUUGGCAGCCCUGCAGCAUUUAGCUCAGGGUUUGAAGAGCCAGCUGUCACUGCCAGAGCUAAAGGAGUACUUGCCCUUACAAGACGGACUUGCCAGUAAAGCUGAAGAAAUCCAGUUGCUCUGCUAUGAUCAGUUAGCUGCCAUGCAGUCCCUCAGUCCUCAAAAUGCCAAAAUUCAGUUUAUUGAGUCUCUGAGGACCCUCCCUUUGUUUGGCUCUAAUACCUUCUUGGCAAAGAAGGUUAGCCAGCAUGGCUGUCCUUCCCCCUGCUUAAUCAGUGUGAACAAGGAAGGAGUUCGUUUCCUUCAUCCUAAAACUCAGGUCCUAGUGUUUCAGAUUGCCCUGGCACAACUCCAGGCUAUGCGCACAAUCCGCCUGAAGAAAGCAGGCAAAGUUCCAGGAGUGGAGAUUCAGUAUGGCAAUGCUGCUAAACCCCAAAAAAUCCUGAUUCAUCUCCAGCAGGCUAAAGAAUUGUGCCACAUCCUUGCUUUGACAAUGGAAAUGCUGAUUUAAUCAUCAGUCACCAGUUCAGAAUCAAAUUACCAGUACAUACCAUGUUCCGAUUGCUGACUUGCAUUAACAGCUGUUUUUCUUUUCAUUUUUUAGUAAAUUAUGUUUGAGUAAUUCAUUGUACAAUGUUUUCAGUGCUCAAGCAAGCUGAAAAGAAACAUGCAGCAUUACAGAUGAUGAAUUAAAAGCCAACAAAUAUAUGACACCAACAACAGAUAACACCAUGGAUUAUCUAAAGAGACAUAGCUGCAAAUUAUUGCUUGAAAUAAUCAAAGCCUGAUAUCAGUCGUGAAUUCCUAUUCUUUAACAGAUUGCUGCAAUAUUACAGCUGGUUAUUGAUGAUUUUAAGUUGUGUCUGCUGUCAUGUAGUGCUAGGAAAUUAUUUUCAAAUGUUAAAGAAUAUUAUCAUUGUCUAAUUGUUUUGGCAUUAAACUUCUUUGUUCCAUUUGGAAGGUGUUAUUAUACUACUAUGUCUUGAUUGUGACUGCAUAAAUACAUUUUAGAUUUAGAAUGACAAAUUUACAUUUAAUAAAAUUGUUUACCUAGAGCGGUACUUAGUUGUUUUAGCGUAUCUUGCUGUUAUGUAAAUACAAUGAAAUCCACUUAUGUUCAGCAUAAAGCAUAAUUUUAAAUAGUAAUUUGAACAUAAUUUGAACAUAAAACAGUUACAUAACACAAGCAUCAUCAGAAUUUCAUCUCAUAGAGUAUGGUGUGACGUUUUUAAUAAAAAUGCUUGAUUUCGUAAUCUAUUUAAAUUAAGUCAAUGCAAAAAGUUAAGUAUUUGAAAGUAGUGUGGAUUUUGGACUGUAAAGGGUCCUGAACUUAAUGUUCAGGACAUGCCCAGACAUUAGUCCAUUUUUGCUUAAGCGAACCUGCAAACUGAAGGGAAAGGUUUGAACAUUUGUACAAUUGAUUUCUGUGUUGAAAAAUAAAAUAUGCUCUGAUGACAUCA